AUGCUACUUUGGGUGCACGCAAACCAAGAUCCUGGUUCGGUCCAAAUGGGCAGUAUAUCAGAGAGCUACCUUGCCCAAGUUGCCGAGGGAGGGGCUAUACUCCCUGUUCAGAAUGUGGGCAUAAUGACUUGUCGUCAGUGCUCGGGAGAUUGUGUCAUAUGGGAAGAGUCAAUUGAUGAACGACCAUGGGAGAAAGCCCGCUCAAUUUCUCCUCUCAAAAUGAAGGAAGAUGAUGAAGUUGACAAUUUAGACAUAAAGCUGGAUGUGAAGAAAAAAUCAAAGCGAGUAUACCAGUCACCACCUCCUGAAGUCGGACUGAAGAUCAGCCGGUCUCUAAAAAGUUUGAAUGCCAAGACUGGUCUAUUUAGUAAGCGAAUGAAAAUCAUCCAUCGUGAUCCCAUGCUUCAUGCACAAAGAGUGGCUGCAAUUAAGAAAGCCAAGGGAACUGCUGCAGCAAGAAAGCGUGCUUCUGAAGCUUUAAAAGUUUUCUUUAGUGACCCAGAAAACCGUCGCAAAAGGAGCAUUGCAAUGAAGGGAGUGAAAUUUUAUUGCAGACACUGUGGACGUGAGGGGCAUAGGAGACACUACUGUCCAGAACUGAAAAGUAUUUUGAUAAAUAGGCAGUUCGUGUGUGGCGUUUGUGGGGAAAAAGGCCAUAACAGAAGAACCUGUCCAAAGUCAAGGUUGAGCAGCCACAAAAGCGCAGUUAGAAGACUUCACCAUUGCAAGAUAUGUGGUCAAAGAGGCCAUAAUAGCAGGACAUGCCCUAAACUGAUAGGGGUAAAGUCUAGUGUUGAUAUAAAGAAAGGCUUUCACAGUUCUGGUCGCAGAGGAGCAUACAAGUGCAAAAAAGGUCGUCUUCACCCCGAGCGCCCUACCCCAAAAUUCCGUGACUCAAGCCUCCUUUCCCGAAAUCCACACUCUUCCCUACCCACCCUCCUAGAGUUUCUGGUCCAAACAAACACAGCCAUGGCUAUGCAAAGCGGAAUAGGGUUUUCCAAGAUCCUGAUCUUAGCUGGAGCAGGGUAUACUAGCACCGUCCUGCUUAAGAAUGGUAAAUUAUCUGACUUGAUCGGUGAACUUCAGUCUUUGUUGAAUGGAACCGGAGAACAAUCAGAAGGUGACUUUGAUGCGAUCGCAUCACAGGUGCGCCGACUGGCAGCUGAGGUCCGGCAACUUGGCUCGUCACGACAGAUAACCGUCCUGAAUGGGAAUGGCAGCCAAAUUGGUUUGACAUCACUAAUAAUGCCAGCAGCUACCUUGGGGGCAUUGGGUUAUGGUUACAUGUGGUGGAAGGGUCUAAAAUUCUCAGAUCUUAUGUAUGUGACGAAGCGUAGUAUGACUGCUGCUGUUUCAAACUUGCAUAAACAUCUGGAGAGUGUGACAGAGGCUAUUGCUAACACAAAGAAGCACCUGACACAGAGAGUCCAGAAUUUGGAUGAUAAAUUGCUGGAGCAGAAAGAUAUCUCAAAGUCGAUUCUGGAGAAUGUUGGUGAUACGAAAGGAAGUAUUGAGGAACUUUACGUUACCGUGACUGAGUUGCAAAGCGCGCUUACUGGUUUGGAUUACAAGCUAGGUUCCAUUUCAGAAAAGCAGGAUGUUUCAAAUCUUGGUCUUUUCUACCUCGUCAACUUUGUUGAGGGGAAACAAGUUGAAAUGCCUCAGCAGACGAAACUUAAACUUACUGGGAAUCCACGUGGUCGUUUAGUGACAUAUUCGGAAACUCAGAGUCUGAUGGGUCUAAAAGAAAUUGCGGAGUCUUUGUCUGGAACUUUGAAUAAGUCAACUGAUGCUAUUGUGCAAGACGAUAUUGAAGGUCCAGGAAUGAAACCGAGAAACCUGCUGAGGUUUGAAUAA